AUGGCAACAAAACAGCCAUUGAAGACGACGUUCGACGUCGAGCGUGUCAUCCGGCCAAUUUAUACCGGAGGCUCCGUUGCGGUUGACAACAAAGCGCAAAUUCUAGCAACAACUUUGGGCGAAGAUGCCAUCCUGACGAAUCCCUCCAAUGGCAAGCACCUGGCUCAGAUUGAGGGCGAUGGAGAAGCUAUUUCGACGUUGACACUAACGCCGUCCGGUUCCCAUCUCAUCAUUUGCUCGCGAUCACUGUCUAUGAGAAUCUUCACGCUCAAAUGGUCCUCGGAAGGCGAUUCGAUCGAAGCAUCACUAGUGCGCACACUGAAACCUCACACAACUCCGGUCAUCGUUAUCGCGGUUGAUCGCACCGGCACUCUCCUUGCGACGGGCGGAACCGAUGGCGCAAUAAAGGUUUGGGACAUUAGCGGUGGCUAUGUUACACAUACUUUCCGUGGGCCAUCGGUAUUAGUCUCAGCGCUGCGCUUUUUUGAGGUUGCAGCACGAUCCGCGUCGAGCCGCAAUUCCAAAGGAGUCAAGAAUCAGUCAAAGGCAGCAGAUGAAGAGGACGAGGAAGAGACAGACAACGCCACAACUACAAACUUCCGACUGGCUUCGGGUAGCCAAGACGGAAAGGUGCGAAUCUGGGAUUUGAACAAGAGGAGCUGCAUCGCAAACCUGGAUUCUCAUGUAUCUGAUGUACAAGCGAUUGACUACUCGCCAACACAGCAUGCCAUUGUUACGGCUAGUAGAGACAAGACUCUUAUUUGGUGGGAUGCCAAGUCCUGGAAGAUUCGAAAAGUCGUUCCCUGUCUCGAGCUUGUGGAAGCCGCAGGUUUCUUGGAUGACGGAAACCUUACAUACUCUGCUGGAGCAAAUGGAUGUCUCCGCAUCUGGGAUACCGACAAGGGAGCAGAGCUGACCCCGAAGCAAUCUUCAAAGAGCGAAGAAGAAGGAAUUUUCGCCGGAAUUUAUCGACCAGAGCUUCCAUUUAUUCUUCUCGUCCAAGUCGAUCAUACAUUGGCUCUAUAUGAGUUGGCAUCAAAAGCUUCAACAGCCACCUUUGCUACACCUGAGCCCUUUCGUCGGAUAUCCGGCACUCACGACGAAAUCAUCGACAUGGCCUAUCUCCUGCCUGAUCACUCCAUACUUGCUCUAGCAACAAACUCAGAAGAUGUACGAUUGGUAUCUGUAGCCGACACCAAACAAGAUGCGUCAGAGAUGACAUGGACCAAAUCAGAGACCCCUUACUUUGGUCAAGAUGUGGCCCUUCUACGAGGACACGAUGAUAUUGUCAUUGCUCUGGAUGUCGACUGGUCCGGACACUGGGUUGCCACAGGAGCCAAAGACAACACCGCGAAGCUAUGGAGAAUCGACCCUGCCAAUGGCUCUCAUAUCUGCUGGGCCACGUUUUCAGGCCAUGCAGAGUCGCUUGGCGCUGUGGCUCUGCCGCGCACUCUUCCCGCUGAAGGCUCGGCGGCGCGAACUGACCCUCUCAACCACCCUCCGCCUUUCCUGAUCACCGGAUCACAAGACCAGACAAUUAAGAAGUGGGAAAUCCCCCGAACUCCCCAGCAACGGGAUCAAAAAACGAAUGCGAGAUCUGCUUUCACAAGAAAAGCCCAUGACAAGGACAUCAAUGCAAUUACCGUGCAUCAUGCGGGUCAGCUCUUUGCAUCUGCUUCACAAGACAAAACAGUCAAGGUGUGGUCAGUGGAAGAGGGAGAAGUCCAAGGUAUUCUUCGCGGCCACAAGCGAGGAGUCUGGACUGUCCAAUUCUCUCCAGCUCAGAUGCCCGCUUUGCAAGGCGAGGAUGGCCCAAUCACAGGCAAGGGUGUCGUCUUGACUGGUAGCGGUGACAAGAGCAUCAAGCUCUGGAAUCUUGCAGAUUAUACUUGCAUCCGUACCUUUGAGGGCCAUUCUAACAGCGUUCUCAAAGUGGCUUGGCUCAACAUGACAUCGCGUCCAGAACAAUCAAGAGGAUUGGUUCAGUUCGCAAGUGCGGGUGGCGAUGGGCUCGUUAAAAUCUGGAAUGCAAACUCUGGAGAAGCUGAGUGUACUUUGGAUAACCACGAAGACCGAGUUUGGGCCUUGGCUGUACACCCAGACACCAAUGCUGUAGUCUCUGGCAGUGGUGAUUCUACUGUUACAUUCUGGAAAGACACAACUUCCCAAACCCAAGCGGCAGCAUCUCAAGCCGCGCUGAAGCUCAUCGAGCAAGAACAAGAGCUCGAGAACCAUAUGCACGCUGGGUCGUACAGAGAAGCCAUCACUCUGGCUCUGCAGCUGAAUCAUCCUGGUCGUUUACUCAGCCUUUUCACCUCUGUUGUAACAACCAGCAAGCCCGAGCAGGGCAGUCUGUGCGGCAUCAAGGCCGUCGACCAAGUAUUAGCAACUCUUUCCGAUGAUCAGAUAUACCUGCUGCUGUUGAGGUUGCGGGACUGGAACACGAACGCUCGGUCAGCCCCCGUAGCACAGCGUAUACUAAGGACGCUGAUCAAGAGCUACCCAGCUUCAAAGUUUUCAAACUUGCAAGUCAAGGGCUCAAGAGGGGAGAAGAGCUUGAAAGAUGUCCUGCAUGGUCUCCGGGUGUAUACGGAAAGACACUAUAAGCGCAUGGAGGAGUUGGUGGAUGAGAGCUAUCUGGUAGAGUACACUCUGCAAGAAAUGGACAGCCUCGCUCCCACGCUCCAGGGCGAUGUAUCCUUGAAUGCGGACACCAUCAUGAUUAGCUAA